AUGUCGACCCCAGAUCCCACGGCGACUAGUGGCGCGGGCUCCGCUGCGCGAAAACAAAAUCAAAGUAUCGAGAACUUCGCCGCGUCACUGUCGACUGCAGCAAUCAUCUUCGGCAUACAGAUUGGUGUUUUCCUGAUCCUCAGUGGCAACUGGAAGCUGCACAAGGGAAGAGCCAAGAAGCCUGUUGAAGGCGACCAGGGCGACAAGGCGGCUACGCGACAGAGUUUGUUCCACAAGAUCUACUACUACAAGACCGCCUUCGUCCCCGUCGCCAAGCGCAUUGCAGCCCCCACGACCGCCAUCGAGUCUUUUAGGAAUGUCUUCACAAUCAGCGACAACGAGCUCAUUCGCAUCGCCGGUGUCGAUGGCUACCUCUUCCUACAAUACCUGCAGCUCCUGCUCCGCAUCUUCAUACCUAUGACAAUCGUUAUCCUGCCUAUUCUCCUACCCAUAAAUCGCAAGGGUGACGAGCCCGGCGUUUCUGGUUUGGACUCGUUCGCUUGGCCGAACGUAGCCUUCCCGAACAAGAGACACCGCCUGUGGGCGCAUUGUAUCGUCGCCGUACUCGUCGUGUGCUGGGCGUGUUUCAAUUUCUAUUUGGCGCUGAGGCAAUUCGUGCGCCUCAGGCAGACCGUCCUCACCCGACCAGAACAUCGCAUCCUAGCAUCUGCCACUACCAUUCUCGUGCAAAGCAUUCCUGAGAAAUGGCUAACAGCUCCGGCCCUCGACGCCCUGUACGAUGUUUUCCCUGGAGGUAUCAAGGAUAUUUGGAUAAAUCGCAACUACGACGAUCUAAUGGACAAAGUUAACGAACGAACCAAGAUCGCGAGGACCCUCGAAUCUGCCGAAACAAAUCUCAUCAUUACAUGCACCAAGAAGCACAAGAAGAUGGAGGAGAAGGCAGCGAAGGAAGCAGGAAAGACGAGGUCGAGAAAAGAAAAGAAGCACGACGAGGCCAUGGAAAACCACGCAAUCAACCAGGAGACUCACGACCAUGGUGUGGAUGCUGGUAACCCUCACGAAAUCGAGCAACAACUCCAAAAGGUCCUUGAAGAGUCCGCCUCGUCGUCUUCAUCGUCCUCGCGAUCGACCUCACCAGAUCGUAAGCGCGGUAUGAUGCCCAUACAGUUCUUGGGAGAGGGCAUGCACGCUGUUGGUGAAGGCUUCCGUGAUGUCGGUCAUGGUGUAGAUCGUUUCAACAAAAAAGUCUACGGCGGAGUGCGCGGUGUUUUUGGCGGAAAGCCCCGUCAAGCUGGCCAAGCGCGACCACAAGAGCAAGCACAGACAAUCCUCGACGGUGCUGAAGAGGUGCCAGUAUCAUCGCCCACCUCUGCUGAUUUCCACCACAGGGGGGCUAGUACUGACACCCAUACUCCUUUGGCCAGCAAGGAAACGUAUGCCUCCGACGGCACCAUCACCGAGCCCAAUUCACCACAGACAGAUCUGAAAGCGCCCGCAGCCAAGACGGAACCUAAGGAGAAGAGACCUAUCACGCCUGCAUGGAAGCACCCUUUCAACAAGCUCAAGGCCGUCUACGUUGGUCAGGGUGACUUCAUAAGCCCAAAGCCAUUCGAGAAACCGGGAGAAGAGCUACCACUAGAGGUCAAAGAUUCUAGUCAGAUCAAGUAUGAUUUGUCAGGAUUGUAUGACGAGUCUAUGAAAGAAGAUGGCGAGGAUGCUCUCUGGAGAAAGUAUAUAAAGCCAAAGGACAGAGAAACGAUGCGCCUACCAAUAUUCAGUUGGUCGUGGUGGCCGUCCCUGCCGCUGAUCGGCAAGAAGGUGGACACAAUCUACCAUUGCCGCAGGGAACUCGCUCGCCUCAACGCUGAGAUUGCGGACGACCAAGCUCACCCAGAACGCUUUCCACUGAUGAACUCGGCCUUUAUCCAAUUUAACCAUCAAGUUGCGGCACACAUGGCCUGUCAGUCAUUAAGUCACCAUAUUCCAAGACAAAUGAAUCCACGAACCGUGGAGGUCAACCCCAACUACGUACUCUGGGACAACUUGACCAUGAAGUGGUGGGAGCGUUACCUGCGCAUGUUUGGAGUCAUUCUGCUCAUCGUCGGACUUAUCAUCUUCUGGGGUAUCCCCGUCAGUUUCACAGGAGCUCUGUCCCAAGUCGACACCCUGACUGAAACGUUGCCAUGGCUAGGCUUCAUCAACAAGCUUCCUGACUGGGUAGUAAGUCUGGUACAAGGUGUGCUGCCACCAGCAUUCUUGGCCAUUCUCUUUGCUGUCCUGCCUCUACUUCUGCGCUUCCUUGCUGGCCUUACCGGUACGACUACAUCGGGUGAACGCGAGUUGCUUGUGCAGAACUUCUACUUCGCCUUCGUCUUUGUUCAAUUGUUCCUUGUGGUGUCAAUCUCGACAGGUAUCACCUCGACCAUCGACGACCUGGUCAAUGAUCCGCUUAGUGUGCCGCAGACGUUGGCGCAAAACCUACCAAAGGCUGCGAACUACUUCUUCUCCUACAUGAUUCUGCAAGCACUCAGUAUUAGUUCUGGUACCUUGCUACAGAUCGGUGCUGUCGUCGUUAUCAUCUUCCUCCGCUUCCUCGACACAACACCACGAGAGAAGGUCUCAAGGGUGUUGCAAAGACCUGGUAUCAACUGGGGUACUAUGAUCCCGGUGUACACCAACUUUGCUGCCAUUGGUCUCAUCUAUUCCGUCGUCGCACCGUUGAUCCUAAUCAUGAUGUUGAUCACAUUCUGCCUCUUCUGGUUUACCUACCGCUACCAAAUGAUUUACGUUAGUUACGCUAAGGCCGAAACUAACGGUCUUAUCUUCCCCAAAGCUGUCAACCAGCUGUUCACCGGACUCUAUUUUCUCGAACUCUGCAUGGUCGGCUUGUUCUUCCUACAAGAAGAUGAGCGAGGAAGACAAUCCUGUUUUCCUCAGGGUAUCGUCAUGAUCGUCAUGGGCAUCUUUACCGUACUCUUCCAGGUCGUACUAAACAGAGCGUUUGGUCCUCUCUUCACCUACCUGCCAAUCACAUUCGAAGAUGAGGCGGUUCUGCGAGACGAGGAGUGGCAGCGAGCGCAGGCCAGCAAGUGGGAACAGAAUAACGAUGAGCAUCAACCUCUCACGAUUCAGCAAGUUCCACAGGAGACGGCCGAGGAGCGUGAACAAGCCCAUCUGGACGAGCAAAACCGCCUUGAGGAGAGAAAACAACACGAAUCAUCUUAUGGACCAGGGUCAUAUGAGCUAAGCAACCUGGAUGGUAACAUACAAUCUACUAGCUUGGGGCAGUCGCCACGACCCGGCAACCGCGGCCGCAACACUAGUUGGGCGGACCGCUCCCGCCGCAGCUCCAACUCGCGCUCGCAGUCUCACCACAAGCAGCACCACAAGCGUAAAGACCCUCUCGACAUGAUUACGAACACGCUCAAGAAAGGUCUCGACGACGUUGCGCGACCCAUCCGCGACGUCGAGGCGCAGGUUCUGCCCGCUGGAAAUCUUUUCGAUGAAGUCGACGAUGAGCUCGCUGAUAUUGAGCCUGAGGCGCGUCAAAAGCUCAUUAAGCGUUCGUUCCAGCAUCCGGCGACACGUGCUAUUCAGCCAGCUGUUUGGAUCCCGCACGAUGAUCUGGGUGUCGCUAAGGACGAAAUUCAGAGGACUAGUGCAUUUACCAAGCGCGUGUGGAUCACCAGUGUGAAUGCAAGGUUGGACGCAGGCGGCAGCGUCAUCUACAGGGGACUGCCACCAGACCGGGAUCCUUUCGAGAACAUUGAGGUUUAG